AUGGAAGUGACUACUUCUUUUGAUCCAAGCAUUGCUGUCACUGCACCUGAAACUGUCUCGUACUCGGGCACGGCCACGAAUAUCCAAACAUCAGAGGUUAUGACUCACAAAGAUAACUUGUCAGAGGUCACAACACUGGAGGUCACGUCUCAAAACGAUAAAACACCAGAGGUCACAACACUGGAGGUCACGUCUCGAAACGAUAAAACACCAGAGGUCACAACAUUAGAGGUCAUGUCUCGAAACGAUAAAACACCAGACGUCACAACACUAGAGGUCACGUCUCAACACGAUAAAACACCAGAGGUCACAACGCUGGAGGUCACGUCUCGAAACGAUAAAACACCAGAGGUCACAACACGAGAGGUCACGUCUCGAAACGAUAAAACACCAGACGUCACAUUGCUUGAUGUCACGACUCAAAACUAUAAGACACAGGAGUUCACAACACUAGAGGUCUUGACUCAAAACGGGAAAGUAUCAGAGGUCACGACUCAAACCUACAAAACACCACAGGUCACAACACUGGAGGUCACCACUCAGAACGAUAAAACACCUGAAGUCAUAACACCGUAUACCACAAUUCCAAAUAAUGAAACACCAGAGGUCACAACACUGGAGGUCACGUCUCACAACGAUAAAACACCAGAGGUCACAACUCACGAUCCAUAUGAUGAAAUACCAGAGGUCACAACACAAGAGUUCACGACUCCAAAUUAUAAAACACCUGACGUAAUAACACUGGAGAUCACAACUCAUGAUGAUGAAACACCUGAGGUCACAAUACUAGACGUCACGACUCCAAAUGAUAAAAUACCAGAGGUCACAACAUUAGAGGUCACGACUCCAAAUGAUACAACACCAGAGGUCACUACAUUAGAGGUCACGACUCCAUAUGAUAAAAUAUCUGAGGUCACAACACUAGAGGUCACGACUCCAAAUGAUAAAAUACCAGAGGUCACAACACAGGAGUUCACGACUCCAAAUUAUGAAAUACCAGAGGUAACAACACAGGAGUUCACGACCCCAAAUUAUAAAACACCUGACGUAAUAACACUGGAGCUCACAACUCAUGAUGAUGAAACACCUGAGGUCACAACACUAGAGGUCACGACUCUAAAUGAUAAAAUACCAGAGGUCACAACAUUAGAAGUCACGACUCCUAAUGAUAAAAUACCAGAGGUCACAACACAUGAGUUCACGACUCCAAAUUAUAAAAUACCAGAGGUCACAACACAGGAGUUCACGACCCCAAAUUAUAAAACACUUGACGUAAUAACACUGGAGCUCACAACUCAUGAUGAUGAAACACCUGAGGUCACAACACUAGAGGUCACGUCUCCAAAUGAUAAAACAACACAGGUAAGAACACCGAAAGUAACAACUCAGAACGAUAAAACGCUGGAGGUCACAACACCUGAGCUAGCAACACUGGAGAUUACAACUCAAAACGAUAAAACACCAGAGGUAACAUUACUUGAGGUCGCAACUCAAAUUGAUAAAAUACCAGAGGUUACGGCACCGAACGGAAAGAUUCAAGAAGUAUCAACACUGGAGGUCACGACCCAAGUCACAGGACCAGACAUCACGACCCAACACAUUACAACAUCUGACAUCACGACCCAAGUCUUCACAGAACCAGACAUCACAGCCCAAUCCGUCACAGAACUUGACGUCACGACCCAACACGUCACAGCACCAGAAAUCACGACCGAAACCUUUACAGCACCUGACGCAAUGGCCCAACACGUCACAGCACCUGAUGUCUCGACCCCAAACGUCAUACCACACGAGGUCACAACUCAACGCUUCACCAUGCCAAAAUUCAUGACUCCAGACAUUACGACGCCAGAUGUCACAACUUUAGACACCACGGCACCAGAGGUAAUAACUCUACCGGUCACUGCAUCAGAGCUCACGACUCAACAUGUCACGGCACCACAGGUCACGACUCAACAUGUCACAUCUUCAGAUGUUACUACUCAACACGUCACAGCUCCAGAGGUCACGACUCAAUUCGUCACUGUAGCAAAGGUCACACCUCAACAUGUCACUGCACCAGAGGUCACGACCCAACAAGUCAUUGCACCAGAGUUCAUGACUCAACAUGUCACAACUCAAGAGGUUACUAUGCAACACUUAAUUGCACCAGAGAUCACGAUUCAACAUGUCACUACACCUGGGGUAACCACUCAACAUGUCACUACACUAGAGGUCACGACACAACACGUCACUGCACCAGAUAUCACAACUCAACACUUCACUACACCAGAUUUCACGACUCAACAUGUCACUACACCUGAGGUCACAACUCAGAAUAUCACUACACCAGAGGUCACGACCCUACAUGUCACAUCUCCAGAGGUUACUAUGCAACACUUAAUUGCACCAGAUAUCACGACUCAACAUGUCACUACACCAGAGGUCACGACCCAACAUUUAACUAAACCAGAGGUCACGACCCAACUAGUCAUUGCAAAAGAGGUCACGACUCUACAUGUCACAUCUCCAGAUGUUACUACUCAACACGUCACAGCUCCAGAGGUCAUGACUCAACAUGUCACUGCACCAGAGUUCACGACUCAACAUGUCACUGCACCAGAGGUCACGACUCAACACGUCAUUGUACCAGAGUUCAUGACUCAACAUGUCACAACUCAAGAGGUUACUACGCAACACUUCAUUGCACCAGAGAUCACGACUCAAAAUGUCACUACACCAGAGGUAACCACUCAACAUGUCACUGCACCAGAGGUCAUGACCCAACACAUCACUGCACCAGAGGUCACGACUCAACAUGUCACUGCACCAGAGGUCACGACUCAACACGUCACUACACCAGAGAUCAAGACUCAACAUGUCAUUUCAAAAGAGGUCACGACUCAACAUGUCACUGCACCAGAGGUCACGACUCAACAUGUCACUACACCAGAUUUCACGACCCUACAUGUCACUGAACCAGAGAUCACGACCCAACAUGUCACUGCACCAGAGAUCAAGACUCAACAUGUCAUUUCAAAAGAGGUCACGACUCAACAUGUCACUGCACCAGAGGUCACGACUCAACACUUGAUCACACCUGGGGUAACGACUCUACACGUCACUACACCAGAGGUCACGACUCAACAUGUCACUACACCAGAGGUCACGACUCAACAUGUAACUACACCAGAGGUCACGACUCAACAUGUAACUACUCCAGAGGUCACAACUCAACAUGUCACUACCCCAGAGGUCACGACCCAACAUGUCACUAACCCAGAUAUCACAAGCCUACAUGUCACUGCACCAGAAGUCACGACUCAUCACGUCAUUACACAAGAGAUCACGACUCAAUAUGUCACUACCCCAAAGGUCACGACCCUACAUGUCACUACCCCUGAUAUCACGACCCUACAUGUCACUACACCAGAGUUCACGUCUCAACAUCUCACUGCACCAGAGGUCACGACUCAACAUGUCACUGCACCAGAGUUCACGACUCAACAUGUCACUGCACCAGAGGUCACGACUCAAUAUGUCACUACACCAGAGGUCACGACUCAACGUGUCACUGCACCAGAGGUCACGACUCAAUAUGUCACUACACCAGAGGUCACGACUCAAUAUGUCACUACACCAGAGGUCACGACUCAACGUGUCACUGAACCAGAGAUCACGACCCAACAUGUCACUGCACCAGAGAUCAAGACUCAACAUGUCAUUUCAAAAGAGGUCACGACAUGUCAACAUCUCACUGCACUACACCAGAGGUAA